AUGAUGCCAUCUCGGAUUGGCAACUCCCUUUCACAAGAGCUUCGCUCUGAUCUCGUCGCCUUCCUCUGCCUCAACUUUGAUGUCUUCGCCUGGUCUUACAAUGACAUGCCUGACAUAUCACCAGACAUGAUAUCUCAUUGGUUAAGCAUUAAUCCCACCAUCAGACCUAUUCAACAGAAGCAUCGUGCUUAUGACCUAGAGAGGUAUGAGGCCAUGAGGCGGAGGUGGAUAAACUGA